AUGCGGGUCUCGAAAUCCGCAGCCCGCCAGCUCACGAAAGUGCCUUCCUGUCUGGGGUUUCGGCUGCCGCGUGUCCUUCGUCUCCUCGUCCUUCUCGCCUUGCUUCGCGGAGUCGUAGCCGUGGCGCGCCGCCCGCGCUGUGACUCGGCAGUCUCCUGUCUGCUACCUCUGGCGUCUUCGCAGCUUCCGGUUCGCGUUUCGGGGCUCGCUGCCGCUUCCGCCUCGCUUGCAAGGCGCCUGUCUCCCUGCAAACAAGCCCUCGGCGCGGCGCCGGCCUGCGAGGGGCCUUCUCUCUCUUCUUCGCCUCUACCCGCCGGCCGGCGCGUCGCCGCGUGCGCAGCACCCGCGCCUCGUCUGCGUGCGUCUAGCGGGUAUCUCCCCCAGCUGCUGCGCCAGUCUGCCGGGCCGGGCGCUGCUUCCGCUCGACGUUCCUCUCCUGCUUUUUCGUUCUCGCGUUCUCGUUCGUCGCGGCCUUCUCCCUCAGUUCUCUGCGCCUCUCGCGCCGCUGGGGCCCUCCCCUCGUGGGGCGAUCGGCUGCCUUCUGCGUCCGCUUUGAAGGCGGCUCCUUGCUGGCUCUCGCCUGAGCUUCGAUCUUAUCCGAGUGUGUCUGCCCUCGUACGGUAUCCUUCUUCCGCGGCUCAAGGCGCCUCUCGACGAGCCGCGCGGUGCGUCGCGGCGCAGACUUCGAGUUCGUUCCCCUCCGCUGAAGUGCUGCCUUCCCUGACGCACGCCCUGAAACUCCUCAAGGCGGCGCUCACAAAGGCAAGCGCGCCUCCUGCCGGGCUGCCUCUGGAUACCCCGCGAGGGCCUUCCCUGACGCACGCCCUGAAACUCCUCAAGGCGGCGCUCACAAAGGCAAGCGCGCCUCCUGCCGGGCUGCCUCUGGAUACCCCGCGAGGGUCUGCGUCGCUGGCGACUUCGCCGUCGUCUUCUGCAUCGCGAGGCUCUCUCUUUCGCGGUGCUUCCUCAUCGCCCCUGGCUCCUCUGACGCCAUUUUCUGCGUCGUCGCUUCCUCCGCUGUCUCUUGAUCGUUCUUGUGGUGAGGAGGAGAAGGCGGCGACCCUCCACGGAGCUCAAAGCUCGUCGUUUCCCUCCACACAGCCUGAGAGCCCCGCGGCGCUCGCGCCUUCCGACUCCGCGCUGCUUGAUGCUGCGCCGCGUGCUUCGUCUUUCUACUCGUCUCUCUCUUCGUGGAUGCCCUCGCCUGCUCGGCCUGCGUCGAAUGCGCGGAAGGACAAGGACUUCUUCUGCGUCCCUUACACCGGAAUAGAUCUGAUUGCGCUCUACGGAAGGUUCCUCUUGCCUGCGCUGCUGCCCCUCUAUGCGCAGCUGUACCUACACCGCGCAGCCAAUUCGAGACAGGCGAAACGGCCCUCGCCGCAUGCUCGCGCAGCCGGCAAGUAUCAACAACCCAACGCCCAGAGUUCCUUCCUGCUUACGGCGGCCUCUCCCGCGCCUUCAGUGUCGGGAUCUUCCUCUCGUUUGCCGCCUCCCUCGGCGUCGCCUUGUUCCUAUCUGUAUUCUGCGCCCGCGCCCGCGUCGCCGGCGGUUGCAGGGCCUUUCCGUUCCUUGUCGGGUGUUUUGGGGGCGUUUUCGGGUUUUCGCGGCCUAGCGCGGCGCGCCGCCGAGUCUCUCGUCUCGUCGCUUUCCGCGGUUCUCUCCAGAUGGGCUCUGCCUGGGCGCGCGCCGCGCUUGUGCCUCGAGACCCCGGCCGUCGCCGCGGUCCCCGAGUGCUCUGCUGAAGAUGACAAGGCUGCGCUGCUGGCCUCGACAGUUCCGUCGCCGCGGCCUUCGCCUCUCUUCUUCUUCCCACCAUACACGUCGCCAGACUCUCGCGCGCUUUUGGCGAGCUGCGCGCCGCCCUCCGCGCGGCUGUCGCUUGUGGCGCUCGCCGAGGCGAAGGACGCUUUGAAGCGAUUUUCCGCUCGCCUUUUCCCUGCUGGGGCAGGCGCGCGCCUCCAGUUUCCCUGCUUCGCGCGCCAGCUGCUGCGUCUGCCUUUCCAGUGGCCGCCUUUUGCGGUCUUUCUGCCCUCUGCGAAUUUGUACUGCUACCGCCGGGGCGUGUACGGACACCUCGGGACGACCCCGAGGGUGCUGCGUCGUCUCUCUGCGGACGUAGAGGCGGAGCGACCGCAUCCGGCUGCCACGUUUUCGCUUUUUUACUUUCUUUGUAACCCAGGCCUCGAGGGGAGCUCUCCCGCAUCCGCCUGCCUGCGACGGUCAGACGAGGCGAGGGGUGUCUCGCUGCGCGACUCACUUCGACCAGAUGAUUUCCGGUGCAGUCUCCUGGGGCUUUGCAGUGACGCGGUCGCUGCAGACUUGCGAGCGGGCGCGGAAGAAGGGAGCGUAGCAACCGAGGCGCGCGACGACGCAGGCAGCCCUCGCGGCGAAGGCGAAGACCGUAGAGUCGAACGCGCCGCUCUCACUCUCUGGAAGCUCUUUGAGAGAAAGAUCGAUGGGACCACGCGCUUGCUGUGGGAGUACAACGUCUCAUUCCCGCCUUCGUGA